AUGUCAGCAAGUUUUCAACGUGGAAAAUACCUGUUAGAUGUGAUACCAGAUGAUUAUGAUAAGCAUACACCGCCUGUCGUCGAUGGUAAACCAGUUGUCGUUUAUGUAAACCUACAAAUUAUGGACGUAGAUGAAAUAAGAGAGCGAACGAUGGACUUUCGUAUGCAUUUAUAUCAAAAUGAAUUUUGGAAAGAUCCUAGGUUAAAACUUAAUUUGCUAAAUUUAACACGUAUAAAAGUGCUUCCCCCAAUUGCUGAAAAAUUGCUUUGGAUUCCAGAUUUGGUAUUCGGUAAUAGCAAAUCGGGUCAACUUUUUCAGUUUUCGCUUCCAAAUACAGCGAUUAAAAUAAACAAAGAUGAAACAAUUCAGAAAGUUUCGAGGUAUAGCUUUCGUGUUUCUUGCCCUAUGAAUCUGAAUAACUAUCCUUUAGACACUCAACAUUGUGUCUUCAAAAUAAGCUCUAUGUGUAAUGAUGGGAAAAAGUUAAUUCUUGACUGGUCCGAUGCCGAAAGUAGUCCAUACAAAGUAAGAGGCCCGAGUAUCAUUUUACUAGAAGAUAUUCAACCACUAAAGUAUGAAAUGAAAGUGCCAAAGCCUCGUAGAGUUACUGAAAUUUGGUUAAGGGGAAAUUACAGUUGUUUAAUGGCCAAUUUUACUUUUGUACGUCGAGUAACUAGUAGCUUAAUUAACACUUACUUUCCUAGUAGCUUAGUCGUGGCUCUCUCUUGGUUAUCCUUCUGGCUGCAUGUAAAUGCGGUUCCUGCUCGUAUUACACUAGGAGUGACAUCAAUUCUUACACUUACUACACAAAUUGCGCAAUCUAGAUCAUACACUCCAUCUGUUAAUUACAUCAAAGCUCUUGAUAUAUGGUUAUUUGUGUGUACGUUUUUUGUUACAGCGUCAUUGCUAGAGUAUGCUCUUUCAUAUCAGCUCAAUGUAUACCAACCCAAACUAUAG